UCAUCAUAGAAUGGCGGCCUGCCUGAGCACAGGUGUGGGAUUUGUAACCAAAUCACUUGUAUUUUUUUCUACGAAGCACAAGAUACCUGACUUCAGGAUAUUAACAAGAUUUGCUUCCAGUUCGACGUAUGCAAAAUCGUCAAAAGUGGAGUUUUUCUCUUCGACCACUAAGCGUGUUAUCGUUGGAAGCAUUUUCGGAAGCUUCGUGGGAGGAUUUUAUGCAUAUAAAACUUUUCCCAGCAAUAAACUUAAAAGUAGCGAGAGAAAACAGCAAUAUGUGGCAUCACACGCAGAGUUUUUGACAGACAAUUAUAUUGUUCCACCAGAUAUAAAACCUUCUAGACAUGUGAAAGGGACAUCUGAUGCUUUAGGCUUAAAACUGAGCUUAUACCAGUAUCAAACCUGUCCUUUUUGUUGUAAAGUUCGAGCAUUUUUGGAGUACUAUAGCAUUCCGUAUGAUGUUAUAGAAGUAAACCCUGUCCUUCGACAACAAAUUAAGUUCUCAAAGUACAAGAAAGUUCCCAUUUUGCUCAUUGAGGAUGAGAAAGGAUGUCAGCAACUUAAUGAUUCCACAGUGAUUAUCAGCUUGCUGAGUACACACUUAAUGGAUUCUAAGGUAGGAUUAGAUGAAAUAGCAAACAUGUAUGCUCCACUAAAGUACAUUGAUGAGGAAUCUGGGAAGGAAGUUUCAGAAGUUAUGAACAGAUAUUUCCUCAUGUUUGGUGACAAGACUCCUCUGUCCAGAUCAGAAGAGGAUAUAAAAGAAGAAAGAAAGUGGCGAAGAUGGGCAGAUGAUGUUCUUGUUCAUAUGCUUUCACCAAAUAUUUAUCAAACACCUAGAGAAGCCUUACAAGCUUUUCAUUAUUUUUCUAAAGUUGGAGACUGGGAGGCUAAUUUCCCAAUCUGGGAACGAUACUUGGUAAUCUAUGUUGGUGCAGCAGCCAUGUAUUUGGUGGGGAAAAGGUUGAAAAAAAAAUACAGCCUGAAAGAAAAUGUGAGAGAGUCCUUGUAUGAUGCCUGCAGAGAAUGGAAUAUAGCUAUCGGCAAAGACAGAAUUUUCCUUGGAGGAAAUAUGCCAAAUUUAGCUGAUCUGGCAGUAUAUGGUGUAUUGAACUCCAUUGAAGGGUGUGAAGCUUUCCAAGACUUAUUGAAGAAUACGAAAAUUGGACCAUGGUACUUUCGGACUAAAGAGGCUGUUAGUAAUCAUUAUGGGAGCAAAGCAACGCAAGCUAGAAUUAGUUAAAACUGCAAACCUACUAAUUUUAAUUCCAGUUAUUCUCUUUAUGUUUUGUACAUAAAUGUAUAGAGUAUCUGGAGUUUAAAGUUAAAGGAUUUUAUAAGUCCUAUUUUUAAUUUAGUCAAAGUCUUCUUGUGAUAAUUUAUCAGUUGAAUUUUAUAAGAUAGAAAAGAUCAAGAAGUAUAAGUACCAGAAUAAGAGUAAUAAAGACAGCAUUGACUUAAUUAUUUAUAUUAUGUACAUAGAACAGAUUCGUAAUGUAACUUGAAUUGGGUCAGACGUGUUUAUUUCUUGAUAAAUUUGUAAGUGGUACAGAUUUACUAAGUGGUUUUGUUUUCAGACUGAAAAAAUGUUAACUAAUGUUAUUCUAUUCUUAUGGAACUAUGCUGUUCAAAAUGAAUUUAGUGUUUUUCAAAUGCUUCACCGUAGCUUUCUUGGAUUCAAACAUUUAGAAUAUUGACAUUAAUGAUAUAUAUUUAAGAUUUUCUCUAAUUAUUUUAAUUUUUUAGAAGUGGAAAUUGGUUUAAAUAGAACACUAACAUUUUCACCCUGUAAUUAUUACAAAUAAAAUGUUUUACUUCAGAAUCCUCAUAGAUGUGAAAGUAAGUCCAAAAGUACAAUUAAAGAGGAAAAUGAAGAUAUGAUUUUAUUGGAAAAAAAAAUAGUUCUAAUUUGACAAACUAACUUUUCAACUCUGUCAGCUAUUCAUUGUGACACAUUUGAUGAUGGUGAACUUUGUUUUGGCAUAUCUCAAUCUUGUUUGUUUAUUUUAAAUAUAAUGCAAAUGUAUAAUUAUAGAUGUCGUAUUGAUUUGCAAUUUUUCUCUUAUAAUUUUAGUAAACUUUUUGUAUUUUAGUAAGAAACUCAGUGUUUGAGGUAAAAAUUGAUAAUAUUAAUUAAUAAUAUAGAUUCUGGAAUUUGAAUGCAGUUUACAAUUAUAUUAUGGAAUGAAAAGUUGUAAAAUUUUUCA